AUGGCGCCGAGCUCCCCGUCGCCCGCCGCGCCCACGCGCGUCUCCGGCCGGAAGCGCGCGGCCAAGGCCGAGGAGAUCCACCAGAUUCAGGAGGAGGAGGAGGAGGUUGUGGCGGCGUCCUCCGCCAAGCGCAGCCGAAAGGCGGCGUCUUCCGGCAAGAAGCCCAAGCCGACGCCCAAGCAGGCCAAAGCGGCCAAGGCGGGUAGGAAGAAGAAGGGGGAUGACGAGAGGAAGGAGCUCGUGGAGGACGAUGUGUGCGCCGAGGAGCCCGACGAGGAGGAGUUGGCCAUGGGCGAGGAGGAGGCGGAGGCGGAGGCCGAUGAGCAGGCCAUGCAGGAGGAGGUGGCCGCGGUUGCUGCCGGGUCGCCCGGGAAGAAGAGGGUGGGGAGAAGGAGCGCCGCCGCUGGCGGCGACCACGAGCCGGAGUUCGUCGGCAACGCCGUCCCUGCGGCCGAGGCGCGCAGCAACUGGCCUAAGCGCUACGAGCGCAGCACUGCCGCAAAGAAACCGGAGGAGGACGAAGAGCUCAAGGCCAGGUUCCACUACCGGAGCACUAAAGUGGACAACGUCGUCUACUGCCUCGGGGAUGACGUCUAUGUCAAGGCCGGAGAAAACGAGGCAGAUUACAUUGGCCGCAUUACUGAAUUUUUUGAGGGGACUGAUCGGUGUCACUAUUUUACUUGCCGUUGGUUCUUCCGUGCAGAGGACACGGUUAUCAAUUCUUUGGUGUCCAUUAAUGUUGAUGGCCACAAGCAUGACCCUAGACGCGUUUUUCUUUCUGAGGAAAAGAACGACAAUGUGCUUGAUUGCAUCAUCUCCAAGGUCAAGAUAGUCCAUGUUGAUCCAAAUAUGGAUCCAAAAGCCAAGGCUCAGCUGAUAGAGCAUUGUGAUCUAUACUAUGACAUGUCGUACUCUGUUGCAUAUUCUACAUUUGCUAAUAUCUCAUCAGAAAAUGGGCAGUCAGGUAGUGAAACCGCUUCAGGUAUUUCUGAUGAUGAUGUGGAUUUGGAGACGUCAUCUAGUAUGCCAGAGAGGACAGCAACCCUUCUUGAUCUGUAUUCUGGCUGUGGGGGCAUGUCCACUGGUCUUUGCUUGGGUGCAGCUCUUUCUGGCUUGAAACUUGAAACUCGAUGGGCUGUUGACCUUAACAGUUUUGCGUGCCAAAGUUUAAAGUACAAUCAUCCACAGACUGAGGUGCGAAAUGAGAAAGCCGAUGAGUUUCUUGCUCUCCUUAAGGAAUGGGCAGUCCUAUGUGAGAAAUAUGUCCAUCAAGACGUGAAUUUGAAUUUAGCAGGUUCAGAGGAUCAAGAGGAUGAAGGCAGCCCUCUUGAUAAGGACGAAUUUGUUGUAGAGAAGCUUAUUGGGAUAUGCUAUGGUGGCAGUGGAAGGAAAAACGGCAUCUAUUUUAAGGUCCAGUGGGAAGGAUAUGGUCCUGAAGAGGAUACAUGGGAACCGAUUGAUAACCUGAGUGAUUGCCCACUGAAAAUUAGAGAAUUUGUACAAGAAGGGCACAAAAGAAAAAUUCUCCCGCUGCCUGGUGAUGUUGGUGUCAUUUGUGGAGGCCCACCAUGUCAAGGUAUCAGUGGGUUUAAUCGGUUCAGAAACCGUGAUGAGCCACUUAAAGAUGAGAAAAACAAGCAAAUGGUGACUUUCAUGGAUAUUGUGGCGUACUUGAAGCCCAAGUAUGUUCUCAUGGAAAAUGUUGUGGACAUACUGAAAUUUGCUGAUGGCUACCUAGGAAAAUAUGCUUUGAGCUGCCUAGUUGCUUUGAAGUACCAAGCACGCCUUGGAAUGAUGGUAGCAGGCUGCUAUGGUCUGCCACAGUUCAGGAUGCGUGUGUUCCUCUGGGGUGCUCUUUCUUCGAUGGUGCUCCCGAAGUAUCCUCUGCCUACAUAUGACGUUGUAGUACGUGGAGGAGCCCCUAAUGCCUUUUCGCAAUGUAUGGUUGCAUAUGAUGAGACAAAAAAAGCAUCCCUGAAGAAAGCGUUGCUUCUUGGUGAUGCAAUUUCAGAUUUACCAAAGGUUGAAAACCAUCAACCUAACGAUGUAAUGGAGUAUGGUGGUUCCCCCAAGACAGAAUUCCAGCGCUACAUUCGACUUGGUCGUAAAGACAUGUUGGAUUGGUCCUUUGGUGAGGAGGCUGGUCCAGAUGAAGGCAAGCUCUUGGAUCACCAGCCCUUACGUCUUAACAGCGAUGAUUAUGAGCGGGUUCAGCAAAUUCCUGUCAAGAAGGGAGCCAACUUCCGUGACCUAAAUGGUGUCAAGGUUGGAGCAAACAAUAUUGUUGAGUGGGAUCCAGAAAUCGAGCGUGUGAAACUUUCAUCUGGAAAACCACUGGUUCCUGACUAUGCAAUGUCAUUCAUCAAGGGCAAAUCACUCAAGCCAUUUGGGCGCCUGUGGUGGGACGAGACAGUUCCUACAGUUGUAACCAGAGCAGAGCCUCACAACCAGGCUAUAUUGCAUCCGACUCAAUCAAGAGUCCUGACUGUCCGGGAGAACGCAAGGUUACAGGGCUUCCCUGAUUACUACAGAUUGUUUGGCCCGAUCAAGGAGAAGUAUAUUCAAGUCGGGAACGCAGUAGCCGUCCCUGUUGCCCGGGCACUGGGCUACUGUUUGGGGCAAGCCUACCUGGGUGAAUCUGAGGGGAGUCACCCUCUGUACCAGCUGCCUCCGAGUUUCACCGCUUUGGGGCAAACUGCGGUGCAGGCGAGGGCCUCUUCUGUUGGCAUUCCUGCAGGGGAGGUGGUUGAGCAGUAA